AUGCAAGGGUUCCAGUUGGCGAUUCUUGGCGCUUAUCGUACUCUUCAAAACCCUUCGCUUUUAAAUCAGAAGUACUACCGCCAGACAUUGAUCGCCAUCCAGGCCUCAUUCGUUAUCCAAGGUCUCAUAUGGUCCCCAAUUCUUGCUCUUCGAGUUUUAGUUAAAAUUGCAGCUGUGUUGACCAAAUCAAGAAGCCUUGACCAUGUGGUGGCAAGUUUGAAGUCUUUCCAGUUCAAUGUGCUCAACAUCUCCAUGUUUAUCGAUGAAGUUCGCCUUACAAAGUAUCCAGAGACUGACCGUGUUUAUCAUGAGAAUCUUGUUUCUCUCAAUACUGAGGAGAAGAUCACUGAUAACCGCCCUACUCUAGAGACUAUCAAGAAAAAAUGGGCCUCCUCUCAGGAAUUUUCAGCCUUCAUGCGUAGACACAUAACCCGGACUCUUAUGGGUGUUGGUGCCUACUUUGUGAGUAAAGUGCCUGUGUUUGGUUCCAUCAUUCUUGGUCUUGUGUCAUUCCUGAACUUAGAUAGUAAGAUAGGCACGGUCAAUGCGGCUGUCAUAUUUGGUGUCCUUCAACUAGUGCCCAAGAGGUGGGCCGUCCUCUUCCUUACAACGUAUUGGGGCUCUCGAAGCAUGGUCCAAGACCUUUUGGCUCCAUACUUCUCUCGUGUGAGAUUCACCAAGUCAGAGAAGGACCAAUGGAUAAGGUCAAGAGAGGGUAUCCUUUUUGGCUUCGGGUUAUGCCAUUUCCUUCUCAUCCGCAGAUUGCCUUGGGUCGGUCUACUACUUUAUGGCUUCGCUGAAUCCUCUGUUGCAUAUCUCGUCACGAAGAUCACUGACCCACCUCCAAAGCAGGUGAGCCAGCUCAGCUAG